ACAUUCUUAUAAAGCUCCUAUCGAAUAUAAAAAGUAAUACAUCACUUGGAUGAUAUGGUACUGUGUCGGAGAAUAAGUAAUCUGUUCAAAAAACAAUCCAUGCAGCUGGUUUUCUCAUGUCGCAAUCAUUAUUAUUUUAAGGCGAAACCAGAGAUGAUGCUAAACAAUGGCUGUGUGAUGCCACCUCUUGGUUUUGGCACCUGGCUAGUAUCCUCUGAAGAUGUACAUUCAAUAAAAUGGGCAUUAAAUAUUGGGUACCGACACAUUGAUUGUGCUUCUGAGUACGAAAAUGAGCCUGAAAUUGGAAAAGUUCUCCGUGAAACAUUCUCAACUGAGAGCAUUAAGAGGGAAGAUGUUUUCAUCACAUCUAAACUUUGGAUUGAUGAUUUUUGUCGUGUGGAAGAUGCGUGCAAAGCCACAUUAAAGAAUUUACAGCUGAAAUAUUUGAACUUGUAUCUUAUCCAUAUGCCAUUCGAAAUUGAUAAGAACAUAAAGGAAGUGUCACUCAACGAUAAUGUACUAGCGUACGAUGCCAAACGUAUUCAGGAGGUUUGGAAAUGUAUGGAAAAAUUGGUGGAUGACGGUCUUGUCGCAGCCAUUGGAAUCAGUAACUUUACAACGAAAAAAGUGAAAGAUCUGUUGGGUUCAUCACCGCGCAUUAAACCUGCGUGCAAUCAGGUCGAACUACAUCCGUAUCUACCACAAAAUCAACUGGUGGAGUUGUGUAAGAAAGAAGGAAUCGCUGUUGUUGCUUAUUCACCGCUAUCCAAUCUAGGACGUCCUGAUGACUGUAGGGAGGAGGGCGAACCUAGUUUGCUCAGCGACGCUGUUAUAGCUUCUAUUGCGAAAAAACACAAAGCUACAAGGGCACAGAUUCUUCUGGGUUGGCACAUCAAACGUGGAACAGGUGUACUAGUGAGAUCUAUUUCAAAGGAGCGUAUCAAGGAGAAUUUCGAAAGUCUGCAAAUAAACCUAGAUGACGAAGAUAUGGUGAAAAUUGGCUUAAUUACGACACGCUUUCGUUACAAUAAACAGUCGUGGAUCUUGAAAGAAGGACAAACGGCUGAUAAAGAUUUUUGGGAUGGUGAAAUGCUGGGGUGAUUGUAAUCAAAAUUAUUGACACUAGCCAGAAAAUUUUCAUUCCGGUUUUUUAAACUGUUUUUAAAAAUACGUCUGUAUGAAUUACGCUUGUGCGCGACGUUAAUUUGAACGACCUAAUACCGACUUUGCUGUAACUGCUAUCACGCACUUGAUUCACCUACAAUCUUGGACAAAAAUAUUAUAACGAA